AUGAAAACAUUCCUCUCUAAACAUUCCUUGCUGCCAUCAAAAUCAACGACAGGUGGCAGCACUGGUAAAUCAAAUCAAGACAUGGCAAAUUCAAAAACCGAAUUAGAGGAAGCAACUAUCGAAAGUGCACUUCAUGAUCCGAAAUUACUAACUGUUGGUUCCGAACCUGCCAUGAGUAAACAAUUUUCCAAAUCUCAAGGUCAAUUCGAUGACGGAAUUUUGAAACGAGCCGAAAAGAGUUUUGGAGGUUUUUUCAAAGCAUUGAGGAAUGAGAAGGAUGACAAUCAGAAAAAGAAGAAACCAAACAAAUUUUCCAACUCUCUGCAUAAUAUGAACAAGAUGACUGAUGACGUGACUAGUCCAAAAACAAGUCAAGCUAAUUUACAAAAGAAUGGUACUGGUUCAUUCCUCACUCUUCCCAAUUUAAAAGCACCAGAUGAUCAUAGAUUGAGUAUUACAUCGUAUGACAGUAGUUGUCAUUCAAUGAGUCAGGGAAAUUUAGAAGAAUUGUCUCCAUCACCAAAUGCUCAAUAUUUUCAUAAGAGAAGAGAAGGGGAGAAAUCAUUGGAUGAUUUGUCGCCAGAUGUAUUGGGGUAUAUCAUUAGCUUUUUGCCAUCUAACUUGGAAAUUGUUAAGGAAUAUUAUAGAGAUUCGUAUAGUCAAUUAUUAGAAAUUAGAAAGAGAGCUAAACUUUCAAUGAAUGGAAAGAAUAAGAUUGAAGCGAUUAAUAGCAAACAAAAGAAGGCUCUCAAAAAGUUGCUCUAUUCUAAAAAGGAAGCAACUCGAUCUUUUGGUAGUUAUUCGAAAGGGUUUCAUUCUGGCAAAGUUUAUGUGAGGUUUGUAACAGGAUUGACUUGA